AUGCCUCUCAUUAAAGAUCAAUUAUCAUUCAAAAUAGCACUCCUACCAGGAGAUGCACACGGCUCGCAACUUGCAUCAUGCGCUGAACAAAUCUUGCAUCUGAUAGAACACAUUCGCCCAGAUGUUGCAUUCCAAAUAUCCCAACAUGAUUUCGGAGGCGUGGCGUUAGCAGCUGGCCACCAAAGCUCCCUGCCAACCUCCACUCUAGAAGCAUGCCGCCAAUCUGAUGCUGCCGUCGUGUGUGCCUGCGGUGACCCCAAGUACGGCAUACAGCCAGAACAGGGAUUGUUGGCACUUCGACAACAGCUCGGACUAUUCGCCAAUAUCAGACCCGUCAAGUUUCCAUCGGAGUCGCUUAUUUCACUCAGCUCAUAUAAGCCGGAGGCGAUUGAGGGUCUUGAUAUCACCUUUCUCCGAGACUUGACGGGUGGUGCCUACUAUGGAGAGAAGCAAGAAGCGGGAGAGGAUGGUGAAGCAUACGACACCACUAGCUACUCGCGUUCUACCAUGGAGAGACUGGCAAGACUGGCUGGCACAUAUGCAAUGCAAUUCAACCCAUCAAAGCGAGUUCACUCAGUCGACAAAGCCAAUGUCAUGGCGACUUCACGAUUAUGGAGAUCUGUUGUCACCGACGUCUUCAGCCACGAGUACCCUCAGGUGCAGCUGUACCACGUUCUGGUUGACAAUGCAGCUAUGAUAUUAUCAUCAAAUCCCCAGGAAUUGAACGGAAUAAUUCUGACAGAAAACAUGUUUGGCGAUAUCCUAUCAGAUCAGGCUAGUGGAAUACUAAAGUCUCCAGACAUUCUGGCAUCAGCGGCUGUGUCCACCAUAUAUGGUAAAGGCAAAGCUCCUGGUGUUUUCGAGCCAUUCAACCUUAAACCAAGAGAGGGUGAAGUGAACCCGCUUGGCGUCGUUCAAGCUGUUGGGUUGAUGCUAGAGCUGUCGCUAGGUCUGAAGUUAGAGGCCGCAGCCUUAUCCAAAGCCAUUCGACGAACUCUUGAUCCUAUUGACCAAGUUGGAUCUGACACGAGGACGACUGACCUCGGUGGAACAGCAUCACCCAAGAAGUUCAUGGAGACUCUAUUACACAACCUUGACUACUACUUGGAGGCUCUGAACUCAGCCGACGCUGCUUCUCUCCCGGUAUCCAUUUCCCCACCAUCAUCGCCAAGGGACACCACGAAUACCCGACCCAUGGGAGUCAUUGAGAAGAUCUUGACACAUGCCGGCAUUGGUCUUAGCAAGCCAUACGUCGAGACGGGAGAUAUGAUCUGCGUCAAGGUCGACUGGACGCUUACAUCCGAGCUCCUCUGGGGCGGCAUGGAGAAGACCUACAACCAAAUGGGACGACCUCGCCCAUUCCGUAACGAUCGUCUCUGGCUUGCCGUGGACCAUACCGUUGACCCACGAACAAACCAUCAGCCUCGACAGAAAGGUCUCAUAGCGAAGGCGGAGCGUUUCAGACGAGAGGCCAAGAUCAUUGACUUCCUUCCUGCUAACACGAGUAUCAUGCACACUGAUUUUACUCGUGAACGUGCUCAACCUGGUCGUAUAGUUGUUGGGAGUGACUCGCAUACGUGUUCUGCGGGGAGCAUGGGCUCUUUCGCUGUUGGCUUUGGAGCAGCUGAUGUUGUCAUGCCGAUGGUCACUGGCGAAACCUGGUUUCGUGUACCUGAGGUUUGCCGUAUCAAUUUCGUGGGAAAGCUUCCUUUCGGCGUUGGUGGCAAAGAUGUGAUUCUUCAUAUACUUGGACUCUUCAAGCGCAACACGAUUGCCUUUCAGCGAGCUGUGGAGUAUGGCGGUCCUGGUCUGAAGGAACUGUCUAUGGAUGCUCGUUUCGCUAUUGCCAACAUGACAACCGAGUUCGGAGGGAUGGGUACUUGCUUCGAGGCUGAUCAAGAGACUUCAGCAUGGAUCGCACGUCGAAAACUCCCAGAGCAUCGCGAAGGUGGUCUCUUUUUCCAGGCCGACCCAGACGCUCAAUAUGUCGAUGUGAGAACGAUUGAUCUCUCGGAAGUCCGUCUCACCAUGGCCCUGCAUCCGAACCCGGAUGAUGUUGUUCCGAUUCAUGAAAAGGCUCGUAUGAAGCUUGAUGGAUGCUUCAUCGGUGCCUGCACAACAACAGAAGAAGACCUCAUCAUCGGCGCUUUGGUGCUCGAAGCUGGUCUGUAUGCAGGUAUGCGACCAUCUCGACACGGAAAACGUCGCGUAACGCCAGGAAGCUUAAUCAUCAUUAAGAACCUCGACAAGCAUGGUCUGUUAGACAUUUACAGACAAGCUGGCUUUGAGGUUGGCGCGCCUGGCUGCUCUUACUGUGUUGGUAUCAAUGAUGUUGAUGUCGCUGGCGAAGGAGAGGUUUGGCUGUCCUCACAGAAUCGCAACUUUAGAAACCGAAUGGGUAAGGGAAGUUUCGGCAACAUUACCUGUGCGGCUGCUGUUGCUGCCUCAAGCUUUGACAUGGUUGUCACUGAUCCCAAGUUCCUGCUUGAUCAGUUGGAUAGCGCAAAGCUUGAGCGGCUUGUCAGCGGAGGGAGGUCCAGUGGGCCUCAACCAGAAUUAAGGAUUAGCGAACCGAGACCCGAGAUAUCAUCCAACUCCGUACCCGUACUCCUCAGCAGCAGUGACUCUGACGUCGGAGCCACUACCCCGAGGAUCAUUCGAUCUAAGGUGCAGCGAUUUGGAGAAAAUGUCGAUACUGAUGCAAUCAUCCCUGCGGAGUUCAUGCCAGGAGUUGACAAUGCUGAUCUCGGAAGCCAUUGUUUCCAGUAUUUCCGUCCUGAGUUCAGGGACAAGGCAAAGAAUGGUUCAACUGUUAUUGUUGCCGAACAUGGCUUUGGCAGUGGAUCUUCACGUGAAGACGCCGUCAGAGCCCUCCAGGGAGCAGGCGUCGAGGCAGUGAUAGCGAAAGGGUUUGCCUUUAUCUAUGAGAGAAAUCAACUCAAUAUGGGCCUGUUCAGCAUAAAGAUCCAAGACCCGACGUUUUACGAACUUGCGCAGGAAGACUCUGUCAUCAACAUCAACAAAGAUACCAAGACCAUUCAAAUCGAAGGCUCAGAUGUGAUCUUUUAUUACAUGCAGUCAGAUGUUGAGGAAGCUCUUGUCGAGUCGGGCGGAGUCCUUCCGUUGUACAGUAAACUUGGGAAGGGUGUAUUUCGACAUCUCACAGCACCUAAAGUCAAAGGAGGAAAAGGAGUUAAGUAUGGCAAUGUCCCAGGUUCUUUAGACUGUUAUUUUGAGUCGGUGUACCUGACAGCUGGGGUUCACCUGGCGCACCUCACGCGAGUACUUGGUGUUUUCAUGGAUGUUACUGGCGUAUUUUAUCGUGAAAUCGAAAGUGACCUUACUGCCAUGACGUCCAUCCCAUGGACUGAGCUUCAGAAGUCGCGAUCGUGGUUGGACCCCACCAGAUCGAAGACCUAUGGUCCAUAA